AUGCACAAUGAUGAGCUUUUCAAACUAAAACAAGAAAUUAAAGAAUGGGAGCAUAAGUUUUUACAUGAAAACAAGAGACGACCGUCAAAAAGUGAUAUCAACGAAAAUCAAAAAAUAAAAGGUUUAUAUUCAAGGUAUAGAACAAUUAAACAGAAAUCAAAAUCGUCUCCACAAGGCUUAGACCAAGAUGCAAAAGAGAAAAAUGAAGUAAAGGGCACUAGCAACACUAGCGUUAAAGAAGAAUAUAUUCCAGCAACUCCUAAAGGAGAAUUGGGACCAACUCCACAGGCCAAUGGUAGAGUUCUAUCUAUCUUCGACUACAAAUUAACUCCACCUGUAUCAUCUCCUUUGGCAGCUAAAUCAACAAUGUGUGAUGGGGUAGUGAAUGACUUUUCUGAGCAUAGCUUACAAAAUACUCCAAUCAAGACUAAUCGACGAUUAUCUUUUACAACUCCCAAAAAAUCUUCACCUUUAAAACCAGUGGAAACAACACCCAUUUCGUUAAUUAACAAAUUUAAACAAGCUGCUGAUACUAAUGCUCCACCAUAUUUAAAGCAUGAUCUUCAAACACCGACUUUCACUAGAACUCGGUCCUUACAGGAUUUCCUGACAUCCCCUUCUCCUUUCAAGCCCCAUAGAUCCAUUAGUUUUAAAUUAUCAGAAUUAUACAACACAUCAGUAAAAGAGGCUGAAGAGUUAGCAGAUAUGAAAGGGAUGUUUGAGGAAGAAACGGUUGUUGAAGUGGAUAGUGAAAAGGAAGAUGAAGAUUUAUCAACUAAUGAAUCAAUCGAGAGGAAAAAGAAACGAAAAACUCAAAAACGACAAACAAGAAGAGUCAAGAUGGCACCAAGGCCUGUUUUCGAGAGUGAAAAUUUGGAUCAUGUCGACCUUCACUCAAAAAUACACAAUUUAGAACAGGAGAGUAUAUCCAAUAUUCAUGCAUACAUAAAUUCAGAGGAUGAAGAAAGUGAUAAUGAUGUAAUUGAAGCGAGUGAUCAAGGAAGCCCUGUAAAAAAGACAAGAAAUCCAAUUACUGCCAAUUAUAAAAAAUUAAAGAUCAACGAUCCCAGAUCUAAACGUUUUAAACAAAGAAUGAGAAGAUAA